UUGGCUGCAACUACAAUCAACUGUAAUUUAAUUACAUUUAAACAUCAUUUUUGAACCAUAUAUAAAUGGAAUCGGACCCUCUUUGAAGCAAUAAAGGUUUGUCUUCUGGCAAAAGAAGAAUAUUUUCCUACAUCAAAUUUAACAUUUGAGGAUGUUAAGAGUAAUAACGCUAGCUAUCUUGGUGCUAACUGUCGAAGGAGAUAAUGUGCUCGAAACACGAUGCUCGAAAGGAGUAAUAGGAAGAAGGCUUGCUUAUCCAAACGAUUGUUCUAAAUUUGUGCAAUGUAUUAAUAUAUCAUUUGGGCGUAUUCAAAAUUGUCCUGUUGGAUUAGCUUUUAACGUGCGAGAUGAAGUAUGUGAUUAUCCAUCACGGACAGGUUGCUUCAAAGAAAGGUCUUUUUUACUCAAAACCAAUUGCGAAUGUGAUUGCAAUGUUUGUUGUCCUGGAUGCAAUUCAGAUAUUACUCCAACACCUCCUACUAUAGGACCUUUUACAACGCCAUGCACGACAUCAGCUUCAACACCGAAUUCGUCGCCACCCCGCACUCCGAAGCCAACAUCACUAUCACCAACUACAGCUCCAAUUUCAACACCAACUCCAACAACUUGCGAUACAUCAACACAAACCCCAUCUAAACCAAUUACUCCGAAACCAACCAUAAAUCCAAGGCCAUCAUCUACCCCUACUCAGACGCAAGCAACAACAUCAAAACCUUGUGAUGCACCAACUCCAACACAGUCAUCAUCACAAACUCCAUCUAAACCAAUUACUCCGAAACCAACGACAAAUCCAAAGCCAUCACCUACCCCUACACAAACUCAAACACCAUUAUCAACAGCAUGUGAUACACCAACUCCAACCCAAUCAUCAUCACAAACUCCAUCCAAACCAAUUACUCCGAAACCAACCACAAAUCCAAAGCCAUCCCCUACCCCUACUCAAACACAAUCACCAACAUCUACACCUUGUGAUACACCAACUCCAACCCAAUCAUCAUCACAAACUCCAUCUAAACCAAAUACUCCGAAACCAACUAAAAACCCACAACCAUCACCUACCCCUACUCAAACUAAAACACCAUUAUCAACAGCAUGUGAUACACCAACUCCCACCCAGUCAUCAUCACAAACUCCAUCUAAACCAAUUACUCCGAAACCAACGACAAAUCCAAAGCCAUCACCUACCCCUACCCAAACAGAAACACCUACAUCAACACCUUGUGAUACACCAACUCCAACCCAAUCAUCAUCACAAACUCCAUUUAAACCAAUUACUCCAAAACCAACGACAAAUCCAAAGCCAUCACCUACCCCUACUCAAACAGAAACACCUACAUCAACACCUUGUGAUACACCAACUCCUACCCAAUCAUCAUCACAAACUCCAUCUAAACCAAUUAUUCCGAAACCAACGACAAAUCCAAAGCCAUCACCCACACCAACUCAAACAGAAACAGCUACAUCAACACCUUGUGAUACACCAACUCCAACCCAAUCAUCAUCACAAACUCCAUCUAAACCAAUUACUCCGAAACCAACGACAAAUCCAAAGCCGUCACCUACCCCUACUCAAACAGAAACACCUACAUCAACACCUUGUGAUACACCAACUCCAACCCAAUCAUCAUCACAAACUCCAUCUAAACCAACGACAAAUCCAAAGCCAUCACCUACCCCUACUCAAACAGAAACACCUACAUCAACACCUUGUGAUACACCAACUCCAACCCAAUCAUCAUCACAAACUCCAUCUAAACCAAUUACUCCGAAACCAACGACAAAUCCAAAGCCAUCACCCACACCUACUCAAACUCAAACACCAACAUCAACACCUUCUGAUACUCCAACCCAAUCAUCAUCACAAACUCCAUCUAAACCAAUUACUCCGAAACCAACGACAAAUCCAAAGCCAUCACCCACACCUACUCAAACUCAAACACCAACAUCAACACCUUCUGAUACUCCAACCCAAUCAUCAUCACAAAUUCCAUCUAAACCAAUUUCUCCGAAACCAACGACAAAUCCAAAACCAUCACCGACCCCUACUCAAAGGCAAACACCAACACCUUCUGAUACACUAACUCCAACCCAGUCAUCAUCGCCAACUCCACCCAAAUCAAGUACCCCGGCUCCAACAGCGAGUUCAAAACCAUCACCAUCCACCAUUCCAACUCAAACUCCACCUAAUGAUAAUAUAAUUUCAACUUCAUCACCAACACCUUCAAUACCUGGGCCCACAGAAGAGACUUCUGGUUGUGAUCCAUUGUGUUGUAAUCAAAAAGAUGGUACCACUAGCAUUUUGGAGGGUAAUUGUCAAAAAUUCGUAGUUUGUGUUGGUGGCAAGGAAAAUAUAUUUACUUGCUCCAAUAAUUUGCUGUAUAACUCAGCAACUGGCGAAUGUGAUUAUCCCGCAAACGUGAACUGUCCAUGGCCUCAAGCUCCACCAAGUGGUCCAUCGGCGGGCCCAUCUGGAACUCAUUGUGAAACUGGAGGUCGAUGUGUUGGUCAACAGGACGGUACCUCAUUUGCUAGCGAAAAUGAUCCUUGCAGUUCAGACUAUAUUGUGUGCCAAUGUGAGUGCGAGGUGAAGCGUAGUUGCCCCUCGUCAUUGAUGUUCAACUAUAAGUUGGGAGUUUGCGAUUGGCCAACGAGUUUCGGUUGCUAAUAUAUAGCUUUUAUAUGCUCACUUAUACGUAUACAGUUAGAAAGUUACACACCCACUUGUGGUUCAUUCCAAAUAAAUAAAAAAAAAGUUUUCAAAAAAGAUACAAGCAUGCGAA